AUGCUGAAUGUCAGGCCUGAAAAGGAAUCUCAGCUGCGGGACUUCGUGAACACAACAAUUCUCGAGCAAUUAUCCUAUCCUCACAUGACGAAUCGAUACGAGGAAAUACAGGAAGCGCACUCUAAAACAUUUGACUGGAUAUUUUGUGGUGCAGAACAAUCGGACUUGCCGUGGAAUAACUUUGUAGAAUGGCUAAGGCAAGAUGCCAAUAUAUACUGGAUUAACGGCAAAGCAGGUUCUGGAAAGUCCACUUUGAUGAAACACAUUUAUGACAGCAGCCACACGGCCAAGUACCUCCGGGAGUGGAGUCAGAAGAGACUGUCUAGUCAGUGUUGCAUCGCAACCUUUUUCUUUUGGAACAGCGGAACAGACAUACAGAAGAGCCAGCAAGGACUUCUUCGAUCGCUAUUGUUCCAAGUCCUUGGUCACAAUCCCAAUCUUAUCCCUCUUGUUCUCCCUGCGCAAUGGGGAGAGCAUUAUGACAAACUACCGACUCCUGAGCACCAAAUCAAAACCAAAAUUUGGUCACUUCGAGAGCUUCAUGAAGCAUUUGAGAGGCUUAUCGAGCAACAGCAACAUCAAAUGAGCUUGUGCUUCUUUGUGGAUGGCCUUGACGAAUUCAGCGGAGACGCCGAACAGCUUUGCAUGUCUUUCAAGCGACUAGAGAAGAGAUCGGGGAUGGCAAAAUUCUGCCUAUCAAGCCGACCUUGGGUAGCAUUCCAGGAAAAUUUCCGGGAUGGCCCUAAACUUCGACUGCAAGAUCUCACAUUCAAAGGCAUUGAGAUUUAUGUUAGAGACAAACUCCAAGGUAGUCAAGCUUUUAUGAAGCUAGCAGAUCGAGAUCCACAGCUUCUUGAAUUUCUGAAAGUCGAGAUCUUGGAAAAGGCACAAGGGGUAUUUCUCUGGGUCAAGGUGGUUAUCGAACAGCUUUUGCGAGGUGCCAACAAUCGGGAUUCCAUUGCCCAACUUUGGACACGCUUAAGGUCAUUUCCAGGGGAACUAUACCCCUUAUACAAUACCAUAUUGACGCAGAUAGAGCCUGUUUAUCUUGAAUGGGCAUCAAAAACAUUCCAGAUAAUGAGAAGG